GGAGCAGUCGAACGAGACGGACGCGUCCAAAUUAGCUCCUCAGCUAAAAAUUUCUAAUUUCAAUUUCGCUAAAUUUUAAAGCGUCUUUAAAAUGUCUAAGAGUAGUAGUACAUCGAAACUAAAGAAAGAGAACGACAAACUAAAAUCACAAGUACAAGAAGUGACUCGAGAGUUACAAGAACUUAAAGAUAAAUUACAACAAUCUGGGCUCGUAACAUCCAAGGAUUCUAGCAAUCAAGAAAAAGUCGACGAAAUGGACAAAAGUAUCACCUUUCUUGCUGAAGAAUAUGACGAUUUGAAAUCAUUUAAAGUUGACAUCGAGAGAGAGUUAACAAGAAUAUCGUCUAGRCUUAGAUGUCUUGAAGAAAGCAUCAAUAAAGUCGAYGAAGCAAUSGACGCCAUAAAUAAUUACAGCUAUCAGUACAACCUGAAGAUUAUCGGAAUACCUCAAACCAACCGCUUUGAAACCGCUCAAGAAACAACAGAUAUAUGUUUGAAACUMUUUAAUUCAAUCAACGCUCAAGUUACAGAACAAGAUAUCGACAUCGCACACCGUGUGCCGAACCGUAGAGCUUCGAACUUCCCGCCAACGAUUAUAUGUAAAUUCACCAGACGCCUUGCUAAAGAAUCUGUCAUGAGAUCAAGGAAAGAAAUAAGAAAUAUUGAAUGGGAGAACGCUGACAAGAUCAGAAUUUUUGAUCAUCUUAGUCCUAAAACCCAGGAUCUGUUCARCAAGGCUAAAGAAUUCCAAAAGGAGCACAAGUUUACAUUCUGCUGGACAAGAAACUCGACUAUAUUGUUGAAAGAAACGGAGGAUUCUACGGUCAUCCGAGUAACAGGAAUGGAUACCCUUGAAACUCUCAAAGCCAAGAUCAACCGAGAAGGACAUGGAAGUCAAAGCCUAUCUACAAACCAAUGGCGUAGAAUUUGGCCCCCUCCAGAUUCCGACACUGAUAGUCGACCAAAUACAAGGUCAACUCGGGCAGCAAAUCAUCAAGAUGGCUAAGCUAAGUAUAUCAAUAGUCAAAUAACUAAUAAUACAAAAUAAUUAUGAAUAGUAGUAAGGACUUUAUAAUCAUCGAGAGACUGGCCGACUGUAAAAGUUUUUCUUAU